GCCACUUCUGUGCUGCUACCCACAACAUAAACUUGACAGCCCCCUAUUGUGGUCAGGGUUUGAAAAGAGGAAACUAUCCAGUGCUUAUAAUAUACAGAACUUAUUGGCCUUUCAGCAGCAUCAAUAUCUGAAAUCUAUUGAAUGGUUCCUAACGGAAGACAUUGGAACAAACCCACAAACGCACUAGCGACCGAUUUGACAAUAUGUUGACAAUUGACAGACAGAAAUAGAAGUUGAGAGAAAUGCAACGAUAAUACAAUGUUCGCCGCCAUCUUCCUAUUGCAUGCACCAAUGACAUAAGCAAGAAAUACUCAUUGACCAUCAAUGAAAAGAAUAUUGGCCCAAGGAAAAGUUACUUUAUCGUAUAGGCCUACCAUUUGUUCAAAUUUUCUUUGCCCUGCUGAUUUAUUUUGACAAGUGGACAAAUUUGUUAUAUGUCAAAAAUGAAGAUGGGCGACGGUAGCAUAAUUUUGCGAAGAAAUAGGCCUGGUACAAAAGCACAGGAUUACUGUCGGUGGCCCGAUGAGCCGUUUGAAGAGAUGGAUAGCACCCUAGCGGUGCAGCAAUAUAUCCAGCAACUGAUUAGAAAAGAUCCUACAAACAUUGACUUGAUAUUGAAAAUGCCAGAGAACCAAGAUGAGGGUGUCUGGAAGUAUGAACACUUAAGGCAAUUUUGCAUGGAACUGAAUGGUCUGGCUGUGAGGCUGCAAGGAGAAUGUCAUCCAGAGACAUGUACCCAGAUGACUGCCACAGAGCAAUGGAUAUUUCUUUGUGCUGCUCACAAAACUCCAAAGGAAUGCCCAGCUAUUGAUUACACCAGACAUACUUUGGAUGGUGCAGCCUGUCUUUUAAAUAGCAAUAAAUAUUUUCCUAGUCGUGUUAGCAUUAAGGAAUCAUCAGUAGCAAAAUUAGGCUCAGUAUGCAGACGAGUCUAUCGGAUCUUCUCGCACGCAUACUUUCAUCAUCGUCAGAUUUUUGAUGAAUUCGAAAACGAGACGUGCCUGUGCAAGCGAUUCACACACUUUGUUACCAAAUACAACCUCAUGUCCAAGGAUAAUCUCAUUGUACCUAUAUUGGAGGACGAGAAUACUCCUGGAGAAUCGGAGGCGUAACUUAAAAAAAAAACACUUGGUAACCAAGUCGAAUGUGGAUGCUCUCUGGUUAGAUGUAUACUAGUGUGUAAGUGAUGUUGGUAUAGACAACCUUAUUAGUGACAGAUCUAGAAUUGAAAUUACACAAUUAUCCAACAUAUGACCCACAGGUGUAAGUUGUUGUCAAGAAGUAACACUUUUACUUUCUCAAAUUGCUUCAGGACUAGAAAAAAACAGUAUUAAAUCUUCUAAAAAGGUAUAAUGAAUAACGCAAAAAAAUCGGCUCCAUUCAUACUACUAACAUGGUGCAUUUUUUAGUUUGUGUCCAUGUAUUUAAUUUCAACACAGAACAGUGCAGAUCUAAAAAUUGUGAUUUCAAGUUUCUUUCAUAUACAGGGUGGUAUGCCUUAGUGAAAUAUCCUGGAUAAUGAGAUAUAGGGCGUUGAAGUUUAUUUUUUUCUCUAUGACUGCUGCUAUAUUUAUAAUGUAAAUAUUGAUAAUCUGGGGUUUCCGAAGAUGAGGAACACGAUUAUUUUCAAUGUAGUACAUAGAGGAUACAGUUUACACUCUUACUAUCUUAUACCUCAACCUUUUUAUGCCUUUAUUUUUUGUUGGUACUGUUUUAUUAUUUUUUAUUGAAAAUUAUGUGUCAAUCAAACCCAUUUGACAUAUUUAAAUUUCAACAUUUCAUUGCACAGUCAAAUGGCUGGCUUAAACACUGUUAAUGAUUGCUAUGGACAUGAAAUUAUCAUUUUUCUGGAUAUUUUGCAACGCCAAUAUAUCUGAGGUAUUGUCAAAUAUACAUUCGUUUCUGAUCCACAACAUGUUUCACUCUUGAUAAACUGUCCACCCUGUAUAAUUUUUCAAAGAGUAACAAGGCAAGCACUACUUGCAUAGUUUCUUCUAGUAUACACUUGACCAAAAUUAGUAUAUAAGCAAACACCAAAAAAGCUGCAGUGUUAGUAGGUUUUUCAAUUUCUUCUGAUUUAUAUUACGGAUCUGUAAUUCUCGUUGUUAAAUUGCGUUUUCUGAACGUUAAACAUGAACAUGACAGAAAGCAUGACUAGCAUUUGAGUAUGAAAAUUGCCAAAAUGUAUCAUUUUCUGACAUAGAGAUUGAUUGAUCACAUGUCAAUGAAUUGUAGAGUCAGUUACUCUUAAAUUCAUUUUCUGAGUAAUAUAUUGACCAUUAUCUCCAAUAUCAUUUUGUUAUUGCAAACUUAAUACAUGGUAAAAUGCAGGUAGAUUCCUUUCAUUGAGACAGCUGUCCAUGCUGUUAAAGGAUAGAGACAUUGCCACUACACCCUUUGGGAUUCCCUGAACCUCAAAACGAUAAUUUUGCUUGUUGACAUAGACAUUCGUCCAAAAAUACGCUUCAUUAGAGAUUAUUUGUUUUUCACCUGAUUCUAAAUUGUAUUAUGAUUUUGUUGAUAUUAUUAAACUUUAUUAAUAAUUUCUGCUGUACUUACUGCAAUGAACGGCACUGGCAAAUCUGUUCUACGGGCCUUUAACAUCCUGUACUCUAUGAAAUUAUUUUUAGAUGUUAUAUGACAUGUAUAUCACGAAAAAACGUCACCCAUUUUCGUCGGAUUUUGAUGAAAUUUCCACACAAGGUUAGCAUUAUGCCAAGGACGAAAGCGUUGUAGUUUUUGAAAAUCGGUCCAGUGGCGGCGGAACAAAGGCCAAAAGCCAAAAACGAAAAAAAUAAAAGUCGGCCAAACUUGGCAUUUCAGAGGAUCCCGAUUAUUUUUGAAAACAAUUUUAGGGGUAAAAAUGGAGAGUGGGGGAGGGUUAUCUCAAUUGUUUUGAUGUUAGUAUGUUUAUAUGCUCCCAACUUCGGUAGUUGUACCCACGUAGAUUUCUCCGUACAUUUGCCCUUAGGAUUAUAGAUAAAUGCUUCCGAUUCGCGUCACUGCUUCUGUUAAGAGAGGGGACGUUAUCAGAUGGACUAGUAGGGGAGGGAAAGGAUGUCUAUGGACCAACUGUUUGACUGACUUGAUCUAUUUAAUUUCCCUAUUAUACAUGUUUAUAACUAACUUUUUUCUGCCAGGAUCUCUCUUGUGCUGAACAUGAUCCUUUAUGAACUGAUGACGGCGUUGCGUGUCAAAUGCAGUCAAUCUACUUGACGCCAUUUUUUAUAUUAGAGCUUUUAUUUUUUUCAUGGUAUCAAUUUCAUGGUAUCAAUUUCUAUAUAUUUCCUGAAUUAUUUUUUCCGAAGAUUGAUAUUCAAGGGAAGGGAUGUCACUCAGUAAGGUUUGAAAAUUCGACAUUAGUUGUGUGCUAGAUCAGAUAGUUUUCAAUGUUUCAAUUUAUCACCUAUUUUUAACGAUUUGAUGUCUCUAUUUGUAUUUAAAUUUCAAUCCUGUAAAAGCAAAUAAAUGACGUUCAAUGAAAAAUGAAUGUUUCUCAACCCUUACAAAUACUGGCACCUCGAAAAAUCUAGUAUGAAUUUUGUCAUUAUACACAUGCUGGUUCAUGAUGAACCACGUUAUUAUAUAUUUUUAUAAAUGUAUUUCAUUCAUGUAUUUACCUAUAGAUAUUACUACCUUUUAUUUGUCGUUUUGUAGUGUUUCUUUAUGUGGUAUUUAGCUUAGCGUAGUUACAUAGGGUGUCCCAAGAAAACUGUCCUGCAAAUCCCGUUCAUAUAAAUUUUAACAUGUAUAAGAAUGAAACGUUCAGUGAACUGAAAAAUCCGUUCUUUAGGAAGUAGAGGCAUCAGCUUUGGAUGACUGCUUUGAAUCUUGAAAUAUUAUGCAAUUGUGAUAUUUUGGAACAUCCUGUAUCUGUGUCUAUCAAAUUUAAAAUAAAAUGUACAUUUUAGGAUGUAAAAACUUGUAAUAAAAUUCAGUGAAUAGGAGA